GCGGCUGGAGGAAGCGACGUGCCCUCGGCUGCCAUGGCGGGAGCGGCGGCUGGUAGGAAGCAGCCCCAACGGCGUCUGAGAGUUCCGUGCCGAGAGUUCCGCUGAGAUUCCAGCGUGGACGGCGAAGCCUCGAGACACUGAAGCUGGCGAGCCGGGGGCCGGAGAUUGGAGCCCCUCCCGGGUUGCGCAGCUCGGCUGCCCCGAGCCUUGCCCCGGCCCAGCAGAAAAGGAUGAAGAAGCGCAAGGAGCUCAACGCACUCAUCGGACUGGGCAGCGGGAACGGCGACCGGGGAAGUGGGAGCGGCGGCAGCGGGCGCAAAAAGAGGUACCCGAGAAAAGGCUCCGCCUCGGGACACCGGCUCCUCCGCACCGAGUCUGCCGAGAGCAGCAGCAGCAGUUCUUCGGAUCCGGAUUACGGAGACGGUUUCGGGCUACCGAGCGCCCGCUCCCGCUUUUCUAAGGGUGAUUACCUGCGAUGCUGCAAGCUCUGCUACCCAUUAUGUGCGUUUGUCAUUCUGGCUGCUUGUGUGGUAGCAUGUGUUGGCUUGGUGUGGAUGCAGGUUGCCCUCAAGGAAGAUCUGGAUGGGCUAAAGGAAAGGUUUCAAACCAUGGAGUCUAAUCAAAAAAUCUCAUUCCAAGAAAUUCCCAGACUGACUGAAGAUCUGCUUAAUAAACAAAAGGAACUGGAAAAGAUUGAGAAUGGAGAUAUGGGGUUAAACAAAAUAUGGGUAAACAUCACUGAAAUAAGUAAACAGAUAUCUUUGUUGAUGCUGGCAGUAAACCAUCUCAAAGCAAACAUUAAGUCUGCUUCUGAUUUGAUUAAUCUUCCUGUUACAGUAGAAGAGCUUCAAAAAAGUGUUGCUACUAUAGGUAGCACUGUAACCAGUGUUCAUCAUGAUGUUGAGACUAUGCAGACCACAAUUGAAGAACAUAAGAAAACUAUUGAAACGCUCCAAAGUGAGAUGAAUGAACACAUAGAUGUUAAAGGAAAACAGCUGCCUUCCAUUUCCUCUACUCCUGUUCUCCAAAUCAGUGAGAAGAAUCUGACAGACAGCUGUAAACAGGAUAACCAGUUUAUACACACCUCUGUAGAGGAGGUAAACUCUACCCUAAUGUUAUACCAGAAACUGAAUGAUUUAAAGAUUUUCAGUAUCGAUUCCACAGUCAGCAAUCUAAGCUGGAGAGUUUCUUUAUUAGAAAAUCAUAUGAUGGUGAUGAAUAAACUGGAAAAGAGGGAGAAUCUGACACUCAGUGCGGUGAAUAAUCUAACUACCUCGGCCAAUGUAGAAAAUGAACCAAGGAAUGAAAAUACUACUGAAAAGGUACAACAUUUGAAGAAAAUAGAAAAUGGAGAGUCUCAGGUAUCUAAACUAAGAGAGAAGCUGCAGCUGAUUAAUGCUCUGUCAAGCAAGCCAGAAAGUGACCACUCUGAUGCACUGAAGAAAGAAAACCUUUGGAGUACCACAUCAAAACCUACAAAACUUCCAAGACUUUCUUCAAGAUCUGUUGGCAGCAGUUUUGAGGGGAAUAGAAAGCCAAGAAGCUUGUCCUUACCAGGAAUAUCAGACAUAGAAGACCUUCAGGAUUUAUUCAGGACUACCAGCCAUGGUACUGAUGGCAAGCUAUCAUAUGAAGACCUGAAAAAGCUGGUUGGGUCUACAGUGCAGGAUUCACAGAGCAUUAAGGAGUUUGAUGCGGAUGGGGAUGAAAUGUAUUCCCUGCCAGAACUGAGGGAAGCUUUGGGUGUAUAGGAUGUUUGCUUAUAAAAACAGUAUUAAAGGACUACAGUAGCUAUUACAAAAGAAAAAAAACUGAGAAGUAAGCUACAUCUUGCACUUUUCCCAAUGAUGUACUAAUCUUUGCAGCUAACUUAGUGUACCUGUUGACACCUUUUCCAUUUUGUGUUCUUUGGGAAAUAUUGAAAAGCUUUUGUAUUGUUAUCUGUAAUUUAAGACAGGUAUGAGCAGAAAGUGAAUCUCCAAAUGUUUAGGACUUCAACUCCCAACAUUCCUGGCCUUAGCCAUCUUGGCAUGGAGUUCUGAGAAAUGAACUCCCAAACACCUGGAGAUCAAUUUUCACUCCAGCCUGACUUCUAAAAAAUGUUCAUCUCUGCUGUUCUAAUCCAGAGAUCAUUAGUUAUGUCAAAACCCUUUGACACCAGUGUGAAACAUUAGAUAUAAGUAACCUGUUGGCAUUGACAUAGGUGCAUUGAAUUUUCUCUGGAUCAGGGCCAGAGGAUAAUAUCCAGCCACUGAAUUGAAUAACUGUGGGAUCCAUAGGGUAAUUGCACCUUAAACUACGCUAAGAAUUUUAGCUCAAAGUUUUUAUUUCCCUUAUAAGGGAAGCUCUUGUCUUCAGAUUAGAAUAUGUGUGUAUAUAUAUAUAUAUUGACAAACGUGUAUUUUAUAUUUCAAAUUUGCCUUAAAUUAGCUGCACUUUAGAAUAAAAAAAAACAUUAAAAUCUUUCCUUAUGGGAUGGGACUCUCCUGAUUUCAAAUUUCUAAAACAGGAUAAAUUGCACAUGUUUUGGACUUGGCAGUGAAGGCAAUAAAUAUCCCAAGCUGCAUCAUGUGAAGGUUGGAAAUCUAAGAAAAUGUACAUUUCUGCAUUUCUUUCAGGAUAUACUUUUCCUAGAAUUGCCUGGGAAUCCAUGGAUAGAUUUUUGAUACUCAAGACCUGAAUACUCAUGCCAGACUCCAAAGAGGACUUCCAUGCUUAAAAGUUGAGAUAAAAUAAAUUUGAAUUUGUUUUAAUACUCUGAAUACCAGAAUGUAGGAAUGACUAUUUUAUUCUCCUUUUAAAUUUAAUACUGAUCCUGUUUAGUAUUUGGUGUUACAGUUUUAGGGAGAAGAGCAGUUACAGGGAGCUAAAUAUUCACUGCAGCGUUUUUCUCUUAUUUUGGCUGACAAUUUAGUUACUCUUUCCCACCUUAUUAGUAUUAAAAAUGGCCAAUAAAAUUGAUAUCUCCCUAGUCUUUCUUUGUGUCAGUAUCAAGAUGGAGUAAUGGGCCCAUUUAUUAUUUAUUUUUAAAAGAACAGUCCUGAUCCAGAUUGGGACUGUGGGUAUGGGAGGAGGGAGUAUUAACAUACUCCUCUGUGAUAAAAUUCUGAGUUAAAACUAUUUGAAAAACCAUUACCCAUGCAUAUGAUUGUUUAAUAGUGACUGUGUGGGCCCCAGUCCUAGGUAUAGGUGACCACAUUGUAGUUGGGAAGAAAGAGGGGCAAGAUUUUUAUUAGAAACAGCAUGGGGAAAAUGGUUAAUCUCCAUUCAGCUGGACUGUGCUUUCCUACACUAAGGAUAUGGCACCCCACAGUUAACUGUCUUUAUUUUAUACAGCCCUUUUCCUGUGGUUCAUUUGGAAUUCUUGAUAUUUUAAGCUACUCUUUUGUUCUGUCCCUGGGGGGAAAAACGGGCAGGAAGAGAUGAAGAGCAUGACUUGAAAUAAUGGGAAAUAAAACUGCUUGUUCUCUAGGAACUGAUUAUAGAACAGAUCCUGGCAAGAUUUUCUAAUACAAAAAAACUAUUGUGAAUCUGAAUUUGAAAAGAUAUCCAAAGCUUUCUGGAGCAGUUUGUUAGCUUGUUUUUGUUUUUUUGCAAAGGUGUUAAUCUUCUCAGAGGUCUAUUUUGAUAAGUUCUCAGCAAAAAUAACAUUGACCAUAAUAAAACGUAGACUUUUAGUCAUUUGAGUAUGGGUGUAAUGGGACAACUGUCACUGACAGAAACUAGGGUACUAAGGGGUCUGAAAUUACUGUAGAGUAUCACUCUGGAGUAUAUGGCCUCCUUUAAGAUGAUAGUGAAGCAGUGUCUUGAAAAAACAAAUUUCCUGGGCUGUCUUUUUUUAAAACUAGUUUCUUUAUCUGUGUAUUUUUACCAAAUGGAGUUGAAAAACAAUAUUUUCAAGAGGACUGAAAACAGUGCUCUUUCAAAUGACCUUCAAUCACUUUAUCAAACUGUUAACCAAAUAAAGCAAUAAAGACAAUACAAUAUUUGUACCUGUGUAAUAUGAAUGUAUGCCAAAAAUUAAAUAUAUUUUUGGAAGGUUGGCUUGUAAUAUUAGUUAAUAUGGAAGGAAGCUCAUUUCAUACCCCACUAUUAAAUGGCUCAGAGCACAUUUGAGAUCCAUUUCUUCCAUAAUGGAAUCUCAUUAAAAACUGAUGACUCACAACUAGUUUAGAAAUCUAGCUUCUGUAGUCAGACCUAACACUUUACCAUCCCAGUUCUUAUUUUAUAACUAUUUCACAUCAAAGCAUGCUGCCUAUGGAGAGGGUUUGCCUUAGUCCAGUCCAUAAGAUGCCGCAAAAGCAAGAGAACUGUAAAGAAACUUCCAGGCUGGCUGAAUGGUAUAGUUCUUCGAGGCUAUAUGACAAAACACAUGUGAAAGAACUAAUUAUUCAGCAGUGCCUCAAACCUGCUAAUGUCAGUGGUAUACUGAGAAACUGGCCCAUAGAAAAGAAGGCCCCACACCACUCUAGUAACAUAACUUGGACCAAAGAGAGGUAGCAAGUGGGGCUUGUGUUUCACACGGGAGGCCUCUCAAACAAGUGUUUCCCAUGUAAAAACCUGAAAUGGUACAAUCAUUUAGGACAAAUACCAUUAGGAGCCUCAGAGAAUAUAGCACUUCAUGUGGUCUUCCAGCCUCCAGCUCUAGCCUUGACGUAAUCCACCUUGUAACAAAUUGUGCUAAGGCCCAGUUCCAGCAAUGAUGUGAUUUCCAUCAUCAUAUUGUUCCUAUUGGAUAUACGUGCUAGCUUUUACAUACCAGUGAGUACUUAGGACAGAAUGUAUUGAUUUUACCAGGAAUAGACGAGUGGCUGUAGCAAAUGGGGACUGUCUGUAACAUAUUAAGCUCUCCUGAGCUGUGCACUCCAAGGACUGUAUUUUCAGGGCAAAUUGCUCACAGUGUUGUCUUUUGAAAAAGUGACAAAGAGUACUUGUAAUAUAUUUUGCACUGCAAUCCUGACAGCACUCAGGUUUGAGAUCAGUGAUGCGGCAAUUUGUGAUGAAGAGAAGCCAGCCUUCCUCAACUUGGUGUUCUGCAGAUGUUUUAGUCUUUACAUUCCUUCAUUCUUGACCACUGUCCAUGAUACCCAGGGCUAAUAGAAGUUCAAAAUAUCUAGAAGGUGCCUGGUUAAGUAACACCAUACAGCUAUAGCUAUUCUUUUCUUUGGGGAGGGGGGGGUCCUGCAUAGAUGCCAACUAAACAGGAAUAGUCCUUUUAGUGCUGAGAUCAAAUGCAGGUGAAUUUCACCUGUAAAAUAAUUGUAUUGGACUGCAGUUCCUAUCUUCCACAGCUAUGAAGGCCCCUGGUUAGAAUGGAAAUGUAUUCAGAAUGUAUGAAGAGAGAGCACAUUAUACUGAAUUUUACAUAUAGCAUUGCUGGUCUCUGGAACAAGUGAAAAUGCUGUCUAUUUAGGAAGCACGAGUCUUGAAUUCAGCCAUUUUUGUUUAGAUAAUUAUUAAAAAAUAAGGCUGUACUGAAUUAAUAGGUAGAGCUUAUUUUUCUGUCUGAAGAACCGUAAAAUGUCAAAGGGCACAUUAGUAGGGUUUUGAGGUAUUUAAACCUAUUUCCUUUAGGCUGGGAUGUUGACUGUAUUUGGUGAUAUUGACCUUUGUGUUGCAGUGACUGAAAGAACUUUGUUCUGUAACAAUAUUUAGAAAAAGUUAAGCUAUUCUGCAUUUACAUUCUCAAAGCAAAAGUUUCGACUACUUUGAGGAGAAACUAUUCCACAGUGACACUGAACUAGGAAUAGCUAGUCAGGUUUUAUGACAAAAUUCCAGGCUGUGAAUCUUGGUUUUGAACAGUUUAUACUUAUCCCACAUAAUUUGUAUUUAAAACUACUGCACUAAAAGUUCUUUAGUUGUAUGUUGUAUAAAUUUUUCUUUGUGUUAAACUGACCUUCCAUAUAUCACCUCUGAAAUAAAAACCUUUUUUAAAAUAAAAACAAAUUGGACCUCUUUUAGAAAUGUACAAAAGCUUGUAUGAAGUGAACUAAAGCUGGCUUUAGCUUCUGAGUUUUGCACUUAUCAUGCAUUGUGAAUGUUAAAUUUAAAUAAAAUACUUUGUUCUGGGUGUAACUGA